AUGAAGCAAGCAUUGGUGGCGCUAGCCUUGCCGCUGCUCCUCGCGGCGUCGCUCUACGCUUCCGCGCCGGCGGACAGUACCGCGGCCUUCGCCGGAGACCCGGACCCGCUCUUCACCCCGGGCGCGUCGUCGUCGUACGAGCCCAUGCGGUGCUCGGGCCAGCUCUGCGGCGAGAUCCUGCACCACGCCUGCCAGAGGCCCGACACCUGCACCUACCGCUACAACUACGGCGACGGGACCACCACGCUGGGCGUCUACGCCACCGAGCGGUUCACCUUCUCGUCGUCGUCCGGCGAGAGGGUGAGUGCCCUGCUCGGGUUCGGCUGCGGCAGCAUGAACAUCGGCAGCCUCAACAACGGCUCCGGCAUCGUCGGCUUCGGGCGGAACCCGCUCUCGCUCGUGUCGCAGAUGUCCAUCCGCCGCUUCUCCUACUGCCUCACGCCCUACGCCAGCGCCAGGAAGAGCACCCUCAUGUUCGGCUCGCUCGCCGCGGGCGUUUACGACGACGCCAAUGGCCACGAGGCUCCUGCAGAACAUGAGGGUGCUCGCCGCGGGCGUUUACGACCUUUCGUGCGCUGCAGCUCGCGUUCGAUGCGCACCACGUCCAAACCUUUAUCGGCGGUUGGACCCGCGCGGAUCCAUCAUCCAAACACCUGA